AUGCGCUUCUUUCAGCUGCAGCGGGUCGUGUGCCGCGCCUCCUUUCCGCGUCACCCGCUAGCUCUGCUGCAGGGCCGCACUGUUACAACCACUGAGGGCUAUGGUGGGACAAAGGGCACGUCGAAGGACGUGGCAACGCCGCCAGUCGCAAAGUCGCACACCGUGCUGCAUGGCAAGAAGGGAGGGGGUAACGCGGCUGGCACGCUGCAAGGGGCACCGGCGGGUGCCGGGGGCGUCGUGUCGGUCGAUGGGUCGGUGGAACCGGACUACGGCCCUCUCCGGGCCGCAGGUAUGUGGAGGGUGGAGGACGUGAUGGACGUGAAGAACUCGACGGUGGACUUUCGCCGUAUCGAUGAGGUUGAGAGCGACGUUAUUGAGACCAUGUCGCAGCCGGACGAUGCCGUGGUGCCUUACGACGCCGAGGAGAAGUGGAAGCACAAGUUGAUGUUUGUGCACAAGUUUAAAAAGACACCCAAGCACCUGACCUGGCGCGAGCUCGGGGAGGAAAUUGAGUGUCUCGACUGCAUCAUCGAUGUGGACGAGCAUAGACCGGAGGAGAUCUUCACCAUCUCCUUCUACUUCACUGACAAGAAGACAGGGGCGCGAGACAUGCUGUGGAGGGCAAGAAACGAUGUGUCGGCGUCAGAGGGCUUUACGGAUCUGUUAGCGGCCGUUGGCGCAUGUCUGGGUCGUGCCAGCGUGCACCGGACCAUUCGCUUUGAUGACGCCAUGGGGACGACACGUGACAUCUCCAUCCGCAAGAUGUCGCGGUAUACGUCAGACAUCACCAUUGCUUUUCGUCCAGCAGAGUCGUACAACAAGUACGCGAGGAAGUCUGAGCAGGAUGAAUACGAGCAAAGUGCGGCCGAAGAGGGGAUGAGCAUGUGGGGAUUUCACCCAACCCUGAUGGAUCCCGAGUACAACGCCCUGGACUUCCAGGAUCCACCUGGUACGUACACCACGGCCAUCUCGGCCCACGCCUUUAGCUUUAUUUACCUGAAGGCCAUCAAUCGUCUGCUGUCAAGGCCACUGAAGGACUUUUAUCGCCCCUCACAGCUCAUGCGCACCGCCAAGGUCCGGACAGAGGACGACUUGGGCCUUGUCCAUGCCAUGAAGGGGUGGAUGGGCAUUGAGGAGCAGGUGUAUCCUCACUACACCCCAAUUGAGGCUAUUCAGGAGCACUGGUUGGGCAAGGAUGCGCCCUUUAGUCUGGUUGCCAUGGUUAACAAGCUGCGAGAAAUGACGUACCUGAAGCGGCAGAACCCGGAAUUUCAGUCCUGGUUGGCUAUACGCCGCCAAGACACGCACGUCGCGCUUCGCAAUAUUGGUCUUAAGUUGCUGGGUGUUGGGGCAAGCACGUUAUUUGUGCCUGCAGCACACAACGAGACGGUUAAUCGGCUGCUUCCCAAAUCGCAGCAACGUCGACUGGAGAGUCGCUUUUCUCUAAAUGCGCUGCUUGGUGUUCCCGAUGAAACGCGGCACAUUAGCGAGUUCAAGAAGUUGACCGGACAUGAUCGCAUCACCGGUAACGAGCCAGGCAAGGAGAACAAUUCCGUGCCCGCUGAUGGCAUCAAGGACAAUUAG